UAGAACCAGAGGAGGAGUUGGGGUCCUAGGGAAUGCCAGCCGGGCAGCGUCUGGUAGCUGCUGAGGGAGUGGAGACUCCUAGUAGGGUAGUAAGAUCGUGCGCACGUGGUAUCCGGCAUCGUAAUAACUUCUUACUACGGCACCGAGUUGCUGCGCUCCCUUCCCCAAGGCCGCCAUUCUUCCCUACCGGGGCUUUCUCUGUGUUAACGCGCGGUUUUGUGCAGCAGGUGUCACCCACAGCAUUGCUGACGUCAUGGACUGCGACACGAUGGAGAAUGACAUCUUAGAAGCUUUGGAGGAUCUUGGGUAUAAAGGAACUUUAAUGGAUGAUGGAGCUUUAAACCAAGCAGCCUGCAAGGGGGCCGUUUCUCCAGAAUAUACCAAGCUGUGUGCCUGGCUUGUGUCAGAGUUAAAAAGGUUUUGUAAAUUAGAAGAAAACGUGGAGGCUACCAACAGUCCUGAUGAAUCUGAAGGUUUCCAGCUGGAAAUGAGCGGCCUUUUGACAGAAAUAAAUUGCCCAUAUGUAUGUUUGACAUCAGGGGAUGUUACUAAACGCCUUCUUGAAAAAACAAACUGCCUCCUUCUCUUAACAUAUCUUCUGUCUGAGCUCGAAGCUGCAAGAAUGCUGGCCGUGAACAUCCCAGGAAAAAAAGAACAAGAUGGGGAAGGCAGUGAGGUGUUUAAGGAACUCAAGUGUGUUUGUAUGACACUUGGGAUGUCCAAACCUCCAGCCAAUAUAACAAUGUUCCAGUUCUUCAGUGGAAUUGAAAAAAAAUUGAAGGAAACUUUAUCAAAAGUGCCACCUAAUCAUGUAGGAAAGCCUCUGCUAAGCAAGACGCUUGGGCCAUCUCAUUGGGAAAAGAUUGAAGCAAUCAAUCAAGCCAUAGCCAAUGAAUAUGAUGUCCGGAGGAAAAUGUUGGUAAAGCGGCUGGAUGUCACUGUGCAGUCGUUUGGUUGGUCAGACAGAGCAAAGACUCAGUCUGAGAAACUGGGGAAAGUCUAUCAGCCAAAACGUGCAGCUUUACCAGUAAAAGGCACAAUUUCUGUAGCCCACCUUUUGGCAGCCCGACAGGAUUUGUCAAAAAUUUUGAGAACAAGCAGUGGUUCUAUCCGGGAAAAAACAGCCUGUGCUAUAAAUAAGGUGUUGAUGGGAAGAGUUCCUGACCGAGGUGGCAGACCCAAUGAGAUUGAGCCCCCUCCACCAGAGAUGCCUCCAUGGCAGAAGAGGCAAGAUGGUCCCCCACAAGGUGGAGGUAGCAGUAGAGGGGGAGGAAGAGGAGGCUAUGAGCAGUCAUAUGGAGGACGAGGAGGCUAUGAACAAGGGGGUGGGAGAGGAGGAGGUGGCCGUGGAGGUUAUGACAGAGGGGGUAGAGGAGGCAAAGGUCAAGGUAGCUGGACAGACUCUGGUAGUAACUAUCAAGACAGUGGCUCUCGAGAUGGUGGAUAUCAAUCUGGUGGCUACCAAGGCAGUGGAGGAGGAUACCAAAGUGGUGGAGGUGGUGGAUAUCAAGGAGGAGGUGGAUAUCAGGGCACAGGUGGUGGUUACCAAGGUGGAGGAGGGUAUCAGGGAGGUGGUGGAUACCAAGGUGGAGGAGGCUAUGGAAAUUACGAAGGAUCAUCCUAUGCUGGACGUGGAUACCAGAGUGGUGGCUAUCAGCAAGACAACAGAUAUCAAGAUGGUGGCUCCCACAAUGAUCGAGGAGGUGGUCGUGGAAGCGGAAGAGGAGGACGAGGCAGUCGUGGUGGAAGAGGAAAUCAAGGUGGAGGAUGGGGAGGUCGGGGUGCACAAAACUAUAACCAGGGUGGGCAAUUUGAGCAGCACUUUCAGCAUGGAGGUUAUCAAUAUAAUCAAUCUGGGUUUGGACAAGGAAGACACUACUCAAGCUGAGUUUAUUGAGAGUUCAGCUUACAAUAGAGCUCAGGUAAUAGAAUCAACCUGCUCAGAUGAGUGUUGUAUUAAGAAAGAACAUGCAGGCUCCUUUGUACAACUCUUAUACAUGCAUGGACCUACACAUAAAGGUGUGCUCCUACAGUUGCUUUUUCUCAGAAGUGCAAUUUGCCGUGGUAACAGCGAGCACGCAUGCACACUUUUCAUACAGCCCAGUACUGGACCAGGAAUCUUGCUCGUCUGAUUUUAUGGCUCGAGGGUCGUAGCUUUUUUGAAUAGUAAUGGUUGGCCACCAAUGCUGAUUGCAGAGCUUAGCAAUCAAACCACUUACACGUGAUAGGUGUACUUAACAUAAUAAACACAUUACUAGCUGUAUAUUUAAGGUGAUACUGACACUAAAAAAUUUCUUUUCAAAAUUUUUAUUCUACAUUAAAAGUAAAAUUUUGUCACGUUGAUCGUUUUUUGCUGAUAGUUCUGCUUUUGUAAGUAAUUACAGUAUUACUUUAAGUUCAUAAACCUGACUGAUUUGUUAACCUGUCUGUCCCACCUCAGUCUGUCAGUUAGAGUUUGUAAUGCUAAUGGACUCCUGCUGCACAAAUAUGGCAGCCCCCUCAUAGAGGAACAUGGGGUAAGAAAG